UGAACUUCAUCUGCCAAUCCUAAGUGGGAGCGUGCGAGCCUGAGCCCGUGGGAGAAUCCUGGGCGGGCCUCAGUCUUGAGUGGAUCUUCGCGUCAUUCAACUCUGGGGACGGACCUCGAGCCGACUCUCCUAGCAGACGCUCUGGCCCACACAGUCGCUACUCUGUGGCACCUCAGGUUCCCUCUAGCAGCACUCUGGAGGACUACGCUCGUUUUCUUUUUGGGGGUGAGAGGCCCGGUAGCCUCUGCUGAGCUGGAAGAAAGAUGGCGGCAGCCGUGCGGCAGGAUUUGGCCCAGCUCAUGAAUUCGAGCGGCUCUCAUAAAGAUCUGGCGGGCAAGUAUCGUCAGAUCCUGGAAAAAGCCGUUCAGUUAUCUGGGGCAGAACAACUAGAAGCUUUGAAAGCUUUUGUGGAAGCAAUGGUGAAUGAGAAUGUCAGUCUCGUGAUCUCUCGACAGUUGCUGACUGAUUUCUGUACACAUCUCCCUAACCUGCCUGAUAGCACAGCCAAAGAAAUCUAUCAUUUCACCUUGGAAAAGAUCCAGCCUAGAGUCAUUUCAUUUGAGGAGCAGGUUGCUUCCAUAAGACAGCAUCUUGCAUCCAUAUAUGAAAAAGAAGAAGAUUGGAGAAAUGCAGCCCAAGUGUUGGUGGGAAUUCCUUUGGAAACAGGACAAAAGCAGUACAAUGUAGAUUAUAAGUUGGAGACUUACCUGAAGAUUGCUAGGCUAUAUCUGGAGGAUGAUGACCCAGUCCAGGCAGAGGCUUACAUAAAUCGAGCAUCAUUGCUUCAGAAUGAAUCAACCAAUGAACAGUUACAGAUACAUUAUAAGGUAUGCUAUGCACGUGUUCUUGAUUAUAGAAGAAAAUUCAUUGAAGCUGCACAAAGGUACAAUGAGCUCUCCUACAAGACAAUAGUGCACGAAAGUGAAAGACUAGAGGCCUUAAAACAUGCUUUGCACUGUACCAUCUUAGCAUCAGCAGGACAGCAGCGUUCUCGGAUGCUAGCUACCCUUUUUAAGGAUGAAAGAUGCCAGCAACUUGCUGCUUAUGGGAUCCUAGAGAAAAUGUACCUAGACAGAAUCAUCAGAGGAAAUCAGCUUCAAGAAUUUGCUGCCAUGCUGAUGCCUCACCAAAAAGCAACUACAGCUGAUGGUUCUAGCAUCUUGGACAGAGCUGUUAUUGAACACAAUUUGUUGUCUGCAAGCAAAUUAUAUAAUAAUAUUACCUUUGAAGAACUUGGAGCUCUUUUAGAGAUUCCUGCAGCUAAGGCAGAAAAGAUAGCAUCACAAAUGAUAACAGAAGGACGUAUGAAUGGAUUUAUUGAUCAGAUUGAUGGAAUAGUUCAUUUUGAAACACGAGAAGCCCUGCCAACGUGGGACAAACAGAUCCAGUCACUUUGUUUCCAAGUGAAUAACCUUUUGGAGAAAAUUAGCCAGACAGCACCAGAAUGGACAGCACAAGCCAUGGAAGCCCAGAUGGCUCAGUGAAUCCUUACAAAACUUCUGUGCACACUACAUCUUUUUCAAUGUUGUACAGAUUAAUUUCACUGUCUCUCCAAAGCAUUUGCAUCAUGACCUUACGUAUUUCAAUCCCUUUUAUGCUGGAUUCCAUUUAAAGAAGACAUUAGAACAGGAAGUGCAAGCAUUUAAAAAUAUGUAGUUACCAUAUAUUCAGGGUCUCUAUGUAUCAAGCUAACUCAAAUGUUUUGAAAGCUUUUUCUUUAAACAGAGUAAGUGAAAUAUCUGUGGCUAAAAAGUUUGGGAUUUGUGAUAACUUUGUAGUCAUGUAAAACUUAAGUGCUUUGUGCCUCUCCAAAUGUGGUAAUUCUAAUAAAUGGAGAAGUGAGCCAAAUAAAAGUAGUACUUUGUUUCUAA